CGAAGGGCAUCCGAACCUCCUCCGCGCACCAGCUGUUCGGAAACAAGCGAGCAUCGCCGCCACACAGAUCCAGUCACGUAUAGGUUGACAGAACAUCAAGAGAAUCGUAAUGAAAAAAUGUCCGUGCAAAGUGAUGCGUUAUUUGUAGAGGAAGAUGGAUCCAUAGAGCUCGGGGACAGCGUGGAGGGCUUGUGCUUCCACCAGGCGCUCAACGUGUUCCUGGUGACCACGAGGGACGGGCGAGUAAGGGUGUACGACCCCCACUCCUCGCUCAAGCUAUCCGACGUUCAGCUGCAGGGAAAGAACCUGGUGUGUGUGUACCAUGGAGAGAGCAACAGCGUGGUGGUGUGCGGAGGGCGCACGGUGGGGAUGCGCAGAGACCACCAUGGGGUGCUGCUGCUUGACACCGUCCUCCAGGCUCCGGUCGCCGCACCAGAGGAGACCGUCACAGUUGAAAUGCUCUUGUCUGAGGGCAUUCAGCUGCAACAGACACUUGGGGCAGGGGACCUGAGUAACAUCGACCAUGCUGCAGAGGUGCGAGAAGUCCUGUCCAUGGGCAUAGCUGCUCACCAUGCACAGAGUCGUAUUAAUCCCAAACUAGCAAAGUGGAGCACGUUACGUCUAGAGUUGCCUCUAGGUGUGUUACGUAGUGUAUGUUUGGGUCUGAUCAGCGAACUCAAGCGGCUGACGAGAUAUAUACCAGCGUUGUCAACUGCCUCUGCCUUAAAUCACCGGCUGGCACACCUCUUGCCGCCGCCAACGCCCGACACUGGGCAGGGGCCUCCGGGCUCGGGACCUCCGGACAGGGAUGCCAUGUUCAGCGAGGCUUCCAGAUUAGCCACAUUUAUAAAGUGGCCUCACAUGAACUAUAAACGUAAUGGAUCUAAUGACCGUUGUUACCUACAUUCUUCUUACAGUAACGAGCGCCACCACCUAACUGCCCUUCUGAAGGGAAUACACCACAUGUCCCUCUGUCGUAACUAUCCACAGCCGGCUAACCCAAGCGGCAGCAAGAGUGCUUUCUUAGCACCAUCAUCAAAAGAAGUCAGUUUUUCAAUUGAUCCAUCAGAUUCGACAAUAUUAGAUAAACAUUUUUCGGACACAAUUGGAUACACGGACGUGCCCCUCCAACCCCCGGCGCCUCGAGAAGCCUGGCCUUGGGGAGAGGAGGAGCAGAACGGGCCAGCCAAUAUUGAAAAUGAUCCCCCCUCCCACCCUGGGUCCCACCCUGAGACAGACGCACAGGGCUCACUUGCUGUGGAGAACGAUGAUACUGCUAAUCUCCAGUCUCCUCUGUCACCCUCGCCACCCUCACAGGCCCCUCCCGCUCCCCCUGCCCCACCACCCCCACCCGCACCCCCUUCAUCUCAGGUGGUAGAUUUGCCCCUUGAUGAUAUAGCUGUUGAUGAACUCUUUGCUCCUCCGCGGCCAUCGCAUGAUGUUAGAGUGUCAUCCCUGUGUGUCCUGGCAGACCCUAAUGAAGUAUCUCAGAGAUACAAGGGUGCUGCGGUCAAUUUGUCGUCAUCUGUAAGAUCUUGCCUUGUGGUUGGUGUGGGCCUUAGACGCUAUGAGUUGUUUGGCACCUCCAGUGGCGACAGGCAGGAGACCUGUGAUGGGGGCCUAGUGCAAGUGCUGAAUAAUGUGAAUCAGGCGAGCCAAAGGAAGGCAGAGACUUUGGACAUUAUGAAGUUAGACUCCUCUCGAAGAGGGUCCGUAACGGAAGAGGAAAAUGACAAUGACUGUAUUGCUGUGGAAUCUGAGUCUGCCUCCUUAAGUGAUCCUGCAGUUGUGUCUACCUCUGUGUCUGCCGGCCAGCAGAACUUUGUGCCGUAUCUGUUAGUGUACGCCCUCAACGUCAUGGUGCCGCAGACAGCCACCAGUAAUAAAGUGGCAGUGAAACCUGUCAUUCAGGGCCCUUACAAAAAGUCAACUGUGAAAGUUGGAACAUUUGGGCAGUCCAAUAUCUCGUACUCGAAAAGCAAACAGCUAUGGUCAGAUCCCUUAGCAAACGAUAUUGAAAUGUUCUUUGCCCCACCAAAUGUGUUUGUGAAAAACAAGGGCACCUCCCAAGUGAGCUCGACCUCCACGUCUAAGUCAAAAGCCAAAGAUAGUCAGGUACCAUCUGAGCCCGAAUCAAAGAAUGACCUGAAAAAGGAACCCAAAUGCAUCCAGUGUAUUCCCCUCCCCCAUAAGUUAAACAGUGUAAAGUUGCGCCUUACAGUGGACCACAUUGUGCCGACCACAUGCGGGGAGCACAUCAUUGUGACCCUAAGCAGAAGUGACAACUCAGGCACCAGUGCCAGCUCAGGGAGCAUGACUGCUUCUGACAGCAACGACGGGGCGGUAGGGGGACCGCGGGAAGUGUUUGGGGCUGUGAUCAUCUACAAGGUCUGCCGGGGUGGUGAUGUGGUCACCCUGCAGGAGGAGCCCAUCAACACCAAGCUCCUGACCUCGUUGGAGACAGUGCCCAAGAAAUUGUUGGUUCUUCCUCCCGAGUAUGGUGACAACGAAAGCAGCCUGUCGGGCAUGGCUGCAUGCAUCACUGUUGAUGGCUCCCUGAGACUGCUGUCCCUCUCCAACCUUGAGUUCCUCCACCACCUUGCGCCUCCUCCUGGCCAGGCGUACAACAAUGCUGUGUAUUGCAAUAGUUUAGAAAGACUUUGUGUCAGCUGCGAUGAUGGCAGAGUAAACCUAGUACAACUUCGGAGAGGGACGGAGCUGGGUAAGGAAACGGACAGCACCUCCUCGGCCUCAGCACUAGCCAGCUCCGCACCUUCAAACAACACCCCGGCUCUCACACGGGAACCUGAACUCAUGCCUGGUGAGCUCCUUGUGAAUCAGGGAAUAUCUGAGGAAGUCUUGGAUAAGUGUGUGGAGCUUAUCCAAUUCCAGACAGGGUGUCCCAGAUUUGUGGCAACUGUACCUCCUUGUUGGUCUGAGAUCAUCCAAGCUCAGAAGCAGAGACGAAACCCCCAGCACCUACAGCAGCAUGCGGAAGACAUGGACACAACCCGUACUUGGCGACUGGAAUCAGACAGUUCAACUUGGGACGAGCAUCUGUUUGAGCUGCUUCUGCCGGCUGGGGCAGGGGGCACAGGUGGUGUUCAGGUGGGACACAUUGAUCUCAAGCUGAACUUUAUCCCUGGACCACCUAACCCACUCCCAGUUCUUCAGGUGACCUUACUGCGGCAAAAUCUGACUACUCCGCGACGUCAGAACGCCCAGCAGGGCAGUACCUCCUCGAAUGCCACCAGCAGUGGCUCCCCCUCGCAGACUCAGGCCUCCUCUUCAUCCAAUAUUCCUGAUGAUGUCUUAGAAGAUUAUCCAGAAAAUCCGGUACUGACGAAGGAGUUCCAGUUCACCCACAACGCCGAAAUCCUCUGUGGUCCUGUGACAGUCAACCGAUGCAUGGACCUCUCUGGCCAGGGAGCCAAUGUCACCCUCACCUCACCCAGUCUGCUGGCUUGCCGCACCAGGACAUACCUUGUGCACAUCAAAGCUUUACCGCCAAAACUGCAGCAGCAACAGCAGCAACAGCAACAGGACCUGCAGAAGAACAGUGACCUAGACCUUGUGACUCAAUACAUGCCUCCACAAUCAUCUACCUUCUUGGACCGCCUUGCUGCCUCCUCAAAUAAGCGUGUUGAAUUAGUUCGUGGCUGUGAUAUUAUCCAAGAGCUUUCCAUUACUGUUAGAUGCUGUGCAAAGACAACCAUCCUACAUGACAGGUUGCAGAGACUAUCAAUUGUGGAAAAUGAAGCUUUCCACAAAAACCUGAUCGAGGCUGUUAUCUCUGACAAUUCUUCUGACCACGUUCGUCACCGAGCCCUUGACCUUCUGCUGUGGAUCACGUCAAUACACACAGCAGCAAUCGAUGACCGUACCGUAAGUGUUGGAAUUAUAACACUGCUGCAGCUGCAUCUGUCAGGAUUAGUGCGCUCCUGUGUCCUGCUUGCUGACCGUAGCAUUGCACACAAAACUGCCAAGAUCAUAGUGACCGCUUUGGAGUCGGAAGGUGGAUCCUUGCAUAUUUCAAAAGUUUUUCGUCUCGGCACGAGAGAGCUCCUGUUGGAGGUCGAGCCUCCAUUAUUGCUAAGGGCAGUACUGAGGCCUUGGAAUGGUCUUGACAUAUUCCAGUUGCUGUGCCUGUGGCUUCACAUGUUCAUUAUCCCUCCUGACUCACCGAUCACAUCUCUCAUUCUUCUAAGGUGGGCCCAGGUGGAGGUGUGCCCGAGCUCCCCUCGUACAACAACCUGCAAAAACCAUGGCCCUGGAACCACAGGCGGCUACCCAUACUCUGUCAUGGGGCGAGAUGAUAGUGACAUUGGGGGUCUCCUUGGUAGAGGUGGAGCCCAGGGCAGUGCAUCCCUCGGGCUAACACACACCAGUGCUCUCUGUGGCCUUCUGGAGGUCGAGCCAUUGCACUUCACACUUCACAUGGCCAGUGAUGGCACCAAGAUGGAAAGGGCCUCAUCAGGUACAGGUCACCCUGGCAGUCCCUUUAUGAUGCAGCCGUUCACAAUCCCAGGGGGCCUAGACACCAAUGCCCUCUCCCAGGUUGAGGCCUCCACCAGCAGCGGCACAGCCAAGGCAGUCGAUGUGUCUGUCACCAUGCUCCACAAGGCAGUUGAAGACAUGGCCGUAAAGAAUCAGGCUCUUGAGCUUCGACUAGCUAAGAAGGCCACUAAAACUUAUCUAGAGAAGCUGCAGACUCUCAGUGACCAGUUAGCUUCAAUGAAACACUGCCUUCAAAAGGCCAAGCAGCGGACCCAGACACUGGCCAAGGUGGUGGCAGCAGAGAACUCGGGCUCACAGGCAGUAGAUCCUCUGCUUCCACUGGAUGUCGAGGGCAAGGCCAACGACGCCAAGGAGGAGGCCAGUACCAUCUCGUCGCGCAGCUCGGACACCACCCCAGACCACGACGGAGUGAGUUCGUGCCUGCUACCCGAGUGUGAUGACGUCAUGGACUCGACCGCAGUGCAAUACAUUGGCAACGGGCAUGUCGGCUCAGAUGUAUCUGGCAAGAUUGACUUCGGGUUGACCUCGCUGGAGAAGGAUGAGGACGACUCCAAGCCGUCCAGCCAGCAGGGAUCCAACACCAAGAGGAAGAGCGAGGAAGAUGUCAGCUCCCUGGAAAGCAAGUCAUCAACGCCCUCUGCGGCCCACCCACAGGCCAAGGAGACUGCAAACACGGGGAAGAAAAUUCCAUCAGCUGUUCAGGGGUCACUUGGAGCCCCCUGGCAGCAGCUGCUCUCUCUCCCACCCCAGCAGAUGCUGGUCAUCGAGAGGAUGCACUCGGGAGCAAGGAGAUUCGUGGUCCUUGAUUUUGGAGCUCCAGUUUUGCUCACAGCUAAGAAGCCACUAAAAACUACUCUAGAGAAGCGCAGACUCUCAGACCAACAAUACACACAAUGUCUGCUUGCUUUUCAGGCCAAGCAGCGGACCCAGACACUGGCCAAGGUGGUGGCAGCAGAGAACUCGGGCUCACAGGCAGUAGAUCCUCUGCUUCCACUGGAUGUCGAGGGCAAGGCCAACGACGCCAAGGAGGAGGCCAGUACCAUCUCGUCGCGCAGCUCGGACACCACCCCAGACCACGACGGAGUGAGUUCGUGCCUGCUUCCUGAGUGUGAUGACGUCAUGGACUCGACCGCAGUGCAGUACAUUGGCAACGGGCACGUCGGCUCAGAUGUAUCUGGCAAGAUUGACUUCGGGUUGACCUCGCUGGAGAAGGAUGAGGACGACUCCAAGCCGUCCAGCCAGCAGGGAUCCAACACCAAGAGGAAGAGCGAGGAAGAUGUCAGCUCCCUGGAAAGCAAGUCAUCAACGCCCUCUGCGGCCCACCCACAGGCCAAGGAGACUGCAAACACAGGGAAGAAAAUUCCAUCAGCUGUUCAGGGGUCACUUGGAGCCCCCUGGCAGCAGCUGCUCUCUCUCCCACCCCAGCAGAUGCUGGUCAUCGAGAGGAUGCACUCGGGGGCAAGGAGAUUCGUGGUCCUUGAUUUUGGAGCUCCAGUUUUGCUCACAGAUGUGGUGAUACCAGCUUGUGGUGAUUUAGUGUCGCUCAGCAUUGAUAUCUGGAUGACGGGAGAGGAGAUGGAUGGCGAGAGGUUGGUUGUGGCCUCUGACAUCGGCAUGAGACCUCUCAUUCUUGCAGAUUUACAACCGCCACCACUCUGCAGGUAUCUGAAGGUAACAACACUGGGAAGGUACGGCAUGAACACCUCAUCGCAGUGCAGAAUACCUGUUGGCGCCUUUUAUGGGCACACACUCAUUCUCCCCUGGCAGCUGCAAGGGAGUCUCCCACCUCCUGGCAUUGUCAACAAAUUGUCAGCCCAGACUCAGCUGACGGUCCUGAGCAGUGUUGUGGAGGACAUUGGAUGCCGCUACAGUCUGGCCUGCAGCAAGCUUAGGUCUUUGCUGAACCCUCUGCUCAUGAGCCCCACCGCACCAACUGGCCCCAAUUCAUCCUCGGGUCUCUCAGAACCCCCCUCUAUAGGGUCGCGUGAUGCUGACUUGGAGAGGAAAAUCACACAGGCUUAUCAGGAGUGUAUGCUAGAGCAGCAGCACCUCAACUUGGUUGUGUCCGUGAUGCGUCGUCUGCAGAGGGUGGGAGGCAGCGGAGAGGGCAUCACUGGACAGUUUUCUCCUACUUCCUCUGCUUCUCGUGACAGUAAACAACAGUUUGUGACAGCUGCAAACUGUGCAUCUGACAAAUUAGCCACUCUGAUGCAGUAUCUGCUCAAUUGUCUUUUAACGCUGUCUCUCCCAAUACCUAGCAUGUCGGUUCCACAUAAUCUUAUGGAAUGGUGUGGACCAGAACAGGCGAGAGUGCUUGUAGAGCAGGUGUGCGUGCGAGGGCCAAAGGGUGCGCAGGUGGGAGUAGCCUCACUCCUGGCCCGCCUGUGCGCUGGUCAGCCCUGGUGGGGAGACUUCCUGGCCAGCACCAUGAUCACCCUCUUUUCAUCAAGCAACACCCUGCACUUCCCAGCCACAAGAGUCUUCGCCCUGCUCACCUUCCUCGGGCAGAAGAGCGUGGGGAGCGGGCGCGGAAGCCAGGUUAUUGAUGCAGUCCUGCGGGUCCUGUCAGCCCAGCUUCACAGCAGUGGGAGCCAGGUACAGUAUGGUCCUGUCCCUGUAUCAGCGGCAGGGCUGGACAACAUCUGGCAGCCGUGGCAGGUCGCAUCAUCGCAGGUGGACACGCAUCUUAUCUCCUGGCUCUUGCUCUACCUCUCGCUCUGCCUGGAUGCCCUCACGCCCACCCGCAAGAGCGACAGUGACAAAGGCAAAGAAAAUGGAUAUCAUUUUGUUGCAGGUGGCCGCUGGACCUGGCUGACAGCUGAGACCUGCCUGCAGCGGAGGGGUUCGGAGGCCAGAUGCAGUGCUCCUAGGGCCUCUCGUGACCGUCUUCGCAAGCGCCUUGUCUACCACCAAAAGCAGCAGCUGGUGAAUCUCGAAACAGCUACCAAGUCCCUGGGGGAGGUCACAGCCGGGCAAGUUCUAGCAGGACUAAGUGGAGAAAUUUAUCAGAAGCUGGACACCAUACGGAGAUCCAUUGUUAGAAGAUACUCUCGCACGACCUCUGCCUCGUCGAGCGGAGGAGGAGGAGGGGCGCGCAAGGAUGAUGGGGAGCCACCGCAGGAUGCCUUCAUGCCCCUGGACCGAGCCAACGCCCUCUCGGUGGCACACGGACUCAUUAAGCUGCUCAUGAACUCCAGCUCCCCGUGCUGUGUGGACUCCUUCCUCCUGACUUGCAAGGUGAUUGGAGGUCUAGUAAGUGUGACAAGGCCAAGUCCAGCCUUGACGGAAAUUGUGACCCGGACGCAGCUGGGAGCUCUGUUGCGUCAUGCCCUCACACUUGACACCACCUGGGGAGCUCCUUGGGCCCUUCAUGCACUUACUUGUCUGCUACAGGAUAUUCUUGAAGGUGAGCGCUUAUAUGGCAGCGUAGUCAUGAACACAGAGCAACACAGGGAAGAAGUUGAAAACUUUGACAUAGCGAUGGAUGGCGCACGGGCAGCAGCAGCAGCGGCAGCGGCGGCGGCAGCGGCAGCUGCAGCUGCAGCAGCAGUCCCUUCGACAUCAGGAACUACCUCAGCUGCUGCUGUUGUAGCUGGGCCCUCAGGAGCUGCAGCAGGCCAGUCAGGAUCCUCAGGACCCACUGGGCCCACAGGGAAUGGAGUGGCACCGACUGUGAAUGGGUCAGCUGCUGGAGAGGGAGGCACUGGAUCUCCCCAGAGCAAUGCAUCACCAUUAGGAGGUGCAUGUGUGGUCACCCAGAACUGCCAGGCGGACCAGUCAGCCACACCCCUGAGCCCCCCUGUGGUGGGCAUGGCCACAGCGCACUACACUACCCUGGAGGAAGAGGACAUACCUGGAAAAUAUUCCUUCCUUGACUUAGAAGACAGCUCCGAGAGUGAGGACAUGAUUGGAGAGUACCUAGCAGACAUGCCGGCGUUUGUUGGCGGGGCCUCGAACAACAGCAUUACCUCAUUUGAACUCGCUGUGUCAAAUCUUCCCCCACCCUACCCACCUCCACUGCCCACUCAAUCGUCAUCCCGCAGUGGCAAGGACUCCCGCAUCGGAGACUUGGUGGCGGGACCUCUGGCCAGCUCACACCCUGGGAUGGACCACUCCACAGCUGUUGAUGCCAGGCUGGAGGCAGGAGUUUCACUCUUGUCUGAGCUUAGGCUGCAUAUGAUGGCUGCUGUCCACACAUCCAGGCUCAGUCUAGCUGUCACUGCGCCACUAAAGGUGAACAACGGCAUGUGGGGUGACACUGAAAUCUGUGGCCCGGGUGACCUGACAGGCAGCGUGGAACUCCUCACCGAUGUGUUCCAGAAGAUUCUCCUACACCUGUCUAUGCAGUUCGAUGGCAGCCACGUAGAAUCAGUGCUUGGGUUGUGGCUCAGCAUCAACUUGGAGCUUGCAGGGGGCAAGUAUGCGCCCUCUGUUGCCCCCACUGUGCACCUGACACCAAGAGCCAUCUCAGCACUCCUGGCUGCAGUGGUUAGAAGUGGAAGUGUCAGCAUGCGGUGCUGGUGUCUUGUACUGCAGACGCUCACACUCUGCUGCAACUAUACACCCCAGGAACCCACAGCGCCACACCCUACCAGCGCUGAUCAGUAUGACCAUGUAGACUUGACUGGAAUGUCAAUGAAUAUUGUGACAGAUACAAACUUCGUCCCAGCACUACAGAAACUUUUGACUGGAUCGUGUGCUACUGGUUCAGAUAUGCGAAGUGAUGUGGUUGGGAGCACCGUUACAGGACUCCUAGAAGACCUCCUCGUCCGGCUUCGUGUGAGAUGUGACGUCAUCAGCGUGACCAGUGGGCCCGGCACAACCCUGAAACACGCCCUGCUAAGUCUUGUAGCUCGUCUGUUGGAGCCUCAGGGGGCCAUCUCGCUCGCCAUGGGACCCCUUGAUGCCCAGUGCUGUCUCCUGGGCACGCUGCUAUCCAUGCAUUACGAUGGCUUGGACAGAAUGCAUGUCCCUCUUACGAUCAUCAGUUCAACAGUGAUUCUGGUACAUGGCCACUUGGUCUCAAGUGAAGGGAUGACCUAUGGAGCAAACAACCAGAAUGCCACCAUGUUAGGGGGCCUCUUCGCCUCUGUGCUUGGAUCCGAUGGACGCCAGGGGCCAGCACCUUCUCGCCUGGCCCUCCUGUGCUCGCUCCUCAACCUGUCUCGCAAACUAGCACAAACACCACUUGUCAAUCCAGCUCAGGUUCGUGUGGGAGUGGCAAACUACGAAGCCCAGGAAAGCUCUGGGGGUUCCCUGACUGACUCAAGUAAAUUAGAGCAGCAACGCACAGAUGCUAGUUCUAGCCAGACCGAUGAACACAAGGCCAUGCAUACCCCCCAGACUUGCUCACAUGCCGCCCCAAACAGUGUGCCAUGCUUGGCAGAUACAGUAUUACAAAAUGGAGAGACGAUGCAGCUGCUUCUGAAGUCGGUGGCAGCUUGUGAAGGCAGCAGUGUGUCCAUGCUCUUGGGCACAGUCAGUGGAGAGGUCUCAGAGAAGCUGUGCUUAGGGGAGACCUUGACUGAUGCCCUCUACCAGCUCCUGCUCACACUCAAUGCCAAGGCCACAGCGCCAGACCUCAUUCUGAGACCUGUUGUGGAAUUCAUCACCCCAGGUGGGUGGUGGAGUCCCCCCUCACUGUCAGAACCAGCUCUCUGUUUCUUCACAAGAGUGCUUGACUGUCCGGCAAUACUCGAGAAAUUUGCUGCGCUUGGGGGCAUGAAGAUGCUGUGGGAAAACCUAGUGAGCAGUGUAGGGAUGAUGGGAGGUGGAAGAGGUGGCUUGGUGACAGCGGUCAUGAACCACCUUGCUCCUCCUCUCCCGCCUUCAACACACAACACACCCUCAAACAAACGCAACGAGACGGUUGAGCAGAACCAGGGUCUGUACAACUUCGCCCCACUGGCUGUGGUAACAUCAAGCAACCCAACUGCAAGACCUGCCAAUGUCCUCGUGGACUCCAAUCAGCUGUUCCAGAGGACUAAGAGUGCACCCUGGUCAUACCACUUCUAUCCUGACGAGAGCUGGGUGGACUUGAACCUGACAUUACCCUGUGCCGUACUGCUGCAUGAGGUCCAUCUGCUACCUCACACAGUGUCCCUUGUCUCAUGUCCAUCAGCAGUAUCAGUAGAGGUAGGUGUUGAGGGUGGAUACCUGAUGCCAGUGAGUGGCCCAUUGAGCACCGCCGGCCUCUCUCGCGUCCGCCUCGUCCUCCCUCGGCCUGUAGUUGCCUCGAUUGUCGUUGUGCGCCUCCAUCGUCCACGAGACUCCUCCACUCUUGGACUGUCUCAGCUCAAACUUCUUGGAACCACAACCUUCAGGGAAGCAUCCAGAGGCGUCCACGAAACGGCCAUCAGUGAUCACACGCCCCACCGUGCGAGCAUGUGGUGGCUCCGCCUGAUCCACCAGUGCAUGUGCCGUGUGGAGGGAGGCCUGAGUGUUGGCGUGGAGGCAGGAGCAUCUGUGUCGGGAGUGAUGGAGGCGUGUGUGACACUCCUCCUGACUCCACCAGGGCCACUCCACCUUGCCCCUCUAGGCUCAGCUCCACUGGAGGCUACCACGCUGGCUCUCGCAGCCCUCUCUCCCCAGCUGCUCCACACCCUGAUCAUGACGCUCCUCACACACCCUCUCUUACGCCAGCCAGCAGGUGGUAACAGCUUGGACGCAGCUAUAGCUCUCCUGUAUGAACUCUGUGUGGGAAACAGCAGUAUGGAGGGUGUAACAGUCUUAAUAUCAUGGCUGAACCACAUAGUAUUGCACCCUGCAACCCCCUCGCCAGCAACUGAUGACUACCACAGUCUGGGCACCUCCCAGCAGCAACAACAGCAACAGCGGUCACCACAAGAACUAUGUGUGAAUGGCGGUGUUAGUGCUGAGGUGUUGCAUUGCAUUGCUGCAGUGCUGUGGAAUACUCCACAUGACACCACAAGCCUCAUAACAGAUGAAUUAUUCAGGCGUGUGUAUGAGUGGUCAGAGAGAGUUGAAGGUGAAGUGAAGAUCGGGCUGGAUCACAUCAUGUGCUCCAUGUGCCAUGUGCGGCCACAGCUCUUCACCCAGCUACUGCUCAACAUGGCAGUGCUGACUGUGAUUGACAAUAACCAGUCAAUAACUGAUGACAGAAAAGACCGAGAAGCAGAGAUUCGGGCAGCCAGAACAGACGACAUGAAGGAAGGAGUGGAGGGCUCCUCAGGAGCAGUAGAGGGUCGUCUCAUCCUGCAGGACCCCAGUGUCAUCUCCCUCACACCAGCACACCUGCAGACCCUGGCCACAGUUGCACAGUCUCCGCAGGCAAUACACCUGAUGUUGGACUCGGGAUUCCCAUUGUUGCUUGUUCAUGGUAUUUUGGAAUGGUGCAAGACAGAAGUGUUGCACCAGGUAGAGAGCUGCACAUCCUCAAGUGCUGGGGAAAGUGCAACUGACCUGGAGAAAGCAAGUGUCGCAGAGAAAUCGCGCAAUGCGGAAGACACCCUUUCCUCUGCCACCCCUCAGGCCCCCCCACAAAUCAGGGCUGCUAUUGUCCCAACGCUGAGCACGUCCUUGGUGGCGCACACGCUGCACACCCUGGCUGCAUUGUGUGCUGAACCUCCAAUGAAGGACUGGCUAGGAUCUGCUGAGGGAUCUGUGUUCUGGUUACCACUGUUGACUGUUCUUGGUGACCCACUGGUACGAGGCAGUGAGCCAUUGAUGCGAGGUUCUGGUCCCUCUGGUGGAAGCGACAGCGACUACAGCAGCGUGGAAGAUGCGACCAUCCAUCUAAUGAGGCAGUGUUGCCACAACCACCCUCACAACCAAAACCUUUUGGCAUCAACGCUGUGCCAUCUUAUCCAGCGGCAGAACAUCCCCCCUCCAGGUGGAGUGAGCUACUUGCACUCCCUUUCUGGGUUCACGCGACGCCUAGUCCUUCAGCUCCUCUUGGAAACGGAGCGCGUGGUGGUGCACAUCAACAGCCCCCAGGGAGGCCUUUCUUCGCCCACGGGGUGCAGCCUCCCCCUCCUCACACAACACCCCAAAUUUGGAGCGGGACACAAGACUAGGCUCCUCAACCUCCCCACCACCACCACCAUGUCGGAUAUUGUCAAGAUGGUCACAGACUGGUCAAGAGGCGUGCUGAGCAACUCGGGCGACCUGGAGUUGGGCAGCAGCGGAGACAGAAGGGAUGCGAACGAAGUGGGUCACCUGGAGCUGGUCGACAAGCUUUCGGUUGCAGCAGGAGUCACAGCCAAGGACAAGAGGGAGAAAAACAAAGUCAAUUCGAGUAUUCACAGCAGGAUGUCCAAGAGAGCCACCGAGCAGGACAGCCAGUCCAGCAAGCCAGUGACAGCAACAUCGAGUGCCUCAUCUUACGUCUUAGUGCACGAGAGCCUGGGCAGUUCCUCAGGCCUGCCUUCCACACUCACAGUGGCCCAGGUGAUGGCUGCUCUGCGUCACGAGGGCCACCCGCCUUCCUCACACAUCACCCUCACUUUAACCAACAGAAGGGACCAUGCCAGAGAAGGUGAAAGUGGACGAGAGGCCCUUCUGCUCUGUACGGAACCGCUGCCAUCUACCCUGCAUGUGUUCACGAGUCAGGGCGGCCUCUCGCUCCUGGCCCAGCACAUGUCGCUUCUCUACCCAGACACAGGACAGCAGCAGCCCAACAACACUGCAUCAGUGCGAAGUGGCAACGGCGACAAGGGCGAGAUUGUUGUGGAGAACGACUGGGUCAGUGUGGAGAUGAAUGACUAUGAGUCUGCAAAUGUGUUUGAUUACCUGGUGAUGGGAGGAGGGAGUGGGGGCUCUCCAGGACCCAUGGGAGGGGGCACAGUCAGCUUGUUGACACUGCCCUCCAUCCCACCCCAUGCACUCGGGGCCUUCACCCUUUUCCUGCGGCUCCCUGGCUAUGCAGAGACACUCCUCAAGGACACCCACAAGGCUUGCUGUCUGCUCAGACUUGCCUUGGGGGUCACAGAUGACGGGGAUGGAGGAGACAUCGUAGGUUCAGGAGUGGGUGGUUCCCUGGCAACCAUGCCCUUCCAGGUGCUGGAGUCAUUGCUCGAGGCCACACCUCUCACAACAGACGAUGGGCUCCUGCUGAGACGUAUGUGCCUGGAGUCAGGAGCUCUGCAUCUUAUUCUGGCCUGCCUUGCUGCGCUGUCUCACCAGGACACUCCCGAAGUUGUCUCUUCCCUCUACCACCAGAAUGUUCCAAUUGGUUUGGUGGUGGCAACAACAAGAGCCACGUGCGUUGACUCUCGCGAGACCAUCGGCAUGCACCGUGGAGAGGGAGACCGAUGCCAUUACUGGGCCAAGGGCACAGGCUUUGGCACAGGCAGCACCACACAGAGCUGGGAUGUGGAACAGGCUCUUGUGAGGCAGAAAGUGGAGGAGGAACAUGUUGUUUGGCUUGUGCGAUUGCUAGCGCAGUACAUCAAUCCAGGUUCAUAUUUUCGGAUUGUGUUUGAGGAGGGAAUAUCAUGGUUGGGAAUAUCUUUUAGGACCCAGAAGAAACAAAUAAGUGUGACAUCUUGCCUCCGGAGCUGCAGCAACAAUCCAAUGGUGGGCACAGCAGGUGGCAGUGCAGCUGAAAGUCAGAAUGACAACACCCCUCUCCUACCCCCUCUGUCGCCCCCGUCUCAUGCCCCUCCACCCUUGCCACCUGCCCUCCUGCACCUCUUCCAGAAUUCAGGCCUGAUCACCACCAUAGCCUCCAACCUCAGCAAUGACUCAGUUCUGGACAUGUCCAGGCACGUCCCUCUCUAUCGAGCUUUACUGGCUCUUGUGAGAGGCCUCUCUGUCACCCCUGGCCUGGCGCCCCUGCUGCUGACACCUCAGAAUUCAGCUCCAACUAACGGAGGAGGCGGAGACACCACCACUCUACCAUGUGUGCCAGCGUUGUUGGAGAAGAUGAAGACCACUGUCAACACCUACAUGGACAAGCUGCGAUGGAAGUCCUCCAAGGCUGGUGGCAACAGCAAUGGAAAUGGGGGCAAUGGCAACAACAACGGUGGGAACAACAACAACUCCAGCAGUCUAACAGAUGACGCUGAGCAGGAAGAAGGCUUGUCGCUCAUCGUGCCAGACAUUCAGAACACUGCCAUGGUGGUCAAGGUUUGCACUGAUCGGCUACAGCAAGAGUUAGACAGAGAAGAUCAGCCAGACGGUGGGGCAGCAGCACAGCCAGUAUCGUCACAGUCACUAAUGGAAGUCUAUUUAGCCGGCCUCAAGCCCUUGCAGUUUGACACCUAUGAGAUGUUGGUUGAAGACUCCGAGAGAGGAAUAAGAUUUGUUGUGCCCCACCACUACGAAGGGUCAGUGAGAGGUGCAGGCGACCUGUGUACUUCUCGCAGAAUGAAAAGACUUGCACAGGAAGCUGUCACGCUAUCAACAUCGCUGCCCUUGUCAUAUUCAUCAUCAGUCUUUGUCAGGACAGACCUGGACAGAUUAGAUAUUAUGAAGGUACUCAUUACUGGGCCAGAGGACACUCCCUAUGCCAAUGGCUGUUUCGAGUUUGACGUUUACUUCCCAGUUGAUUACCCAACGUCACCACUGCACAUCAAUCUCCAGACGACAGGAGAAGGACGUGUGCGAUUUAACCCCAACCUGUAUCAGGAUGGGAAGGUGUGCCUGAGCAUCCUCAAUACCUGGCAUGGCCGCCCAGAGGAGAAGUGGAACCCCCAGACCUCAUCGCUCUUGCAGGUGUUGGUCUCCAUCCAGUCGCUCAUCUUCGUGAGUGAGCCGUACUUCAAUGAGCCAGGAUAUGAGAGGUCAAGAGGCACACCGGCUGCAAUGCAAAAUUCAAGGGAAUAUGAUGCAAACAUCCGUGCGGCAACAGUCAGAUGGGCCAUGCUAAACCAGCUGCGCAACCCAUCACCCUGCUUCAAGGAGGUAAUUGAACGUCACUUCUGGCUCAAGCACAAAGAAAUCCUGGAACAAAUUGAGGCUUGGAUUGCCGACAUGGAAACUCUGAGCGAAAACCGAAGAGCAGGAAAAAAUAUAGCACACAAUACUGUGGGCUUGAAGAAAAAUUUCCAGCUGCUGAAGGAGGAGUUUAGGAAGAUGAGUCCUCCACCAGGACUCGAGGGCGUCCCACUGACUCCCAGUCUCAUCAAUUCCUGCAGCAGGUCCCCGGCACAGCAGCCGAGAGAUGCCAAUACACCAGAGAAAGAGAGAGAAGGCGCACAAGGAGAAUCGGAGAAAGAGAUGAGAGGGGCAGCAGGAGGGCAGGCUGGUGGACCUGUCCGCACACGAAUAAGAAAAACCUCAAGAGCCAACUUGUUCAUGGGCAAACCACAGAGCGAUACCAAUAAGCAUGGUGGUCACAGUUCGGGCAUCCCCGUGAGCAAAGUUGGCAGCAGCAGUUCCAGCAGUAGCAGUAGCAGCAGCACGGCAGUCAGUAGCACAACAGUGAAGUCCCUCCAGUAUGGGGCCUCGGAUCAGGAGGUAGCGGAGGGUGGCCUUGCGCUGCUGUCAUUAGGGGAGCAGCAACCUGUUUCCUUAAUGCCAGAGCUAGUCCAGGCCACCAAAAACACCACAUGCCAGAGUGCAGACAGCAGCAAGAUUGACGGCGAGUUGGACGAGGUGGAAGACGAAGUCUGCAACCAUGUGAAUCAUUCUAGUUCCUCAGUCAAAAAAGAGUCACCUAGUUCACAUAAUACGUCAGCGGGAAUGCCCUGCUAGCAUCACGCACUUUUGUGUUUUUUUCCUUUAGAGCCCAAGACCAAUCUUGCCUGAACUAUUCUGGUGCACACAUUAUUUUGAUCCAAAGUUAAGCUACUUUGUGAUACCCAAGACUCAGAAAAUGUAAGAAUCAAUAUAAUGUGAUUUCUACCCUUUUGUUUCCCCAGAGCUCCAGUGACAAGUUUUCAGUACAUUCCAAUGGUUGGUUUGGUCACUUGUCAGCUACAAAGUGGAGCUAGUUUGUGUAGGCCUCUCAUGGUGAAACUGUCAUGAACAGGACAUGUGGGAAGAAAACCCUUCAUGAUAACUCUGUGAUUGAAUUAUUUAUAGUCAUAAAACUCAGUGAAUGGAUGACGUGUUGCAGUUUAUUGAGUUCUGAUACUGUCACAAGUACUUCCACGUACUGCGCAUUUAGGAUCUGACCACAGUACGACCUGCUUGCAAGCACUGCAAAACUUACGGUAUUUUGUUGUGACUGACUGAACUGGAUACACAAUUAUUUAGCAAUUGUCUGCAUGACUUGUGUUUGCUAGUCAAUGUGUGAGUUGUGUUCAGUGUGACUAAUUGUAUCUUUUCAGUUUCAUACUGUAAUUCACUAACACAUAAGAAACAUGUGGAUAUGAGCUGUACAAAUUAUUUCUUAUUGCCUAAUUGUGAUGUGCAUAGUGUAUGAGAAUGGCGGCAAGUAUGAUUUUUACGAUCAGUGUGCGCUCACUGCUGUUUAGUCUAAUACAGCGAGUUGCGGUUUAUAGAAAUCACAAACGGUGAAAACAUGCCUUCUGAGUGUGACUUGUAGAAUGUGAUUGUUUGAUUUGUUUAUAUAAUUUCUUGUCUAGCUCUCAGGUACUGGAUAUUCAUCAUGCCUUCAUUGAAGUGGUCAUCAAGGGAAACAUUGCAUGGAAGCUGCAAGGGAUGACCAGCUCUGCAUAUCGUGAUCCACGGGGAGACUUUGUAAAUUAAAGGAAAGAAAAUCAUAUUCACUUGGUAUAGCUUAUCAUAGUUUUGUAAAUAUAUCUAAAUGUCAACAAUAAGUUAGCAAAGUAAAAAAAAAAAAGAGUACAUUCUUGUACUUUCUUGUUUUUUUCUUUUUGAAUUUUUUUUUUUGUUUUUUUUUUGUUUUUGGAUGAAAAUUAUUCCUAUUUGAUGUCAUUAUUAUGGCAGGAAUGCCUUUGCAAAGGGUUGAUUGUAAAUUAAAGCAAAUUGUUAAAUAAUUGACAUCAGAUGAUUAAUUAAAUCUAUAAAUGAUGAACCUUAUUUUAACAUCACCUUUUUUCAAAUAGUUAGUCCAAGGCCAUAUAUGCAAAGUAAUCAUAUCUGGGAAAAUUCCUUUAAGCAUGUGAUGUUUGACUCUACAGAUGUGUUGCAAAGAAAAAAAAAAUGUAUGUAUAUUUAUUAAGUUCCAAUGCAUUGUCACCCAAUUAACACAAAAUCCCCAGAAGAACCUAUAGGAAAGCGUUACCAGAAUAAUUUCUUGAAAGAACGUAAUGGCAAAUAAUAUCAACCUAUUGUACAUAUAUGUUAGAAUGCAAAUUUAGAAGCAGAAUUGAAAGCUACAUCAGGUGUUGCAUCUUCAUAAAAUUGCUUAUGCUAUCAUUAUGUAUAUGAUUUUGGAGUUACUCUGUAUUCUACCUUACCCCAACUGUAACCAUAUUUAUAUUUUUAAACAAGUGAAACCCAAAGCAGAACUCUCCUUUGACAGAGCCUUCAUAAAAGAAACAUAUAGUGGGAAACUGCCGUGAGUGUUCGUGGAGGCACCAGAUUGCAGUUCCUUAAUAAUCUUUAUGACAGAGUUGAUCACUCGUGUGUAGAAGGAGAAUGACAAAGAAAGGAAUAGAAAUGAUAAUAAAAGAAAAAUUACAGA